AUGGCCAGCAACGACUACUAUAACCAGCACGGCGGCGGCGGCGGUUACCAGCAGAACUACGGUCCUGGCGGCGGAUACCCCCAGCAACCCCAACCUUCUUAUGGCCCUCCCCAAGGAGGAGGCUAUCCUCAGCAGGGCGGCUACUACCCCCAGGGCGGCCAGCCUCCCAUGCAGUACCAGCAGCAGCCUCCCCAGCAGGCGCCCAGGAAGCAGGGCGGCGGCAACUGCCUGACGGCCUGUCUCGCGGCGCUGUGCUGUUGCUGCGUCAUCGACGAGACGUGCGAAUGCUGCGCGGAAUGUUGCGAAUGCUGCUUCGAAAUCUGCUAA